AUGAAUUCAUUGUUAUUAGAAUUUCAUGGACUUUACAAACAACUGGAUUUACGUUAUUGUUCAUUAUCAGCUUGUCGUUUCCUGUGUCGUCAAGUGCCAACUAUAUUUGAAUGGCGUCUUGGUCUUACUAUUCUUAAAUUAGGUAGUCCUGUUCGAUGUUCUCAAAUGGAUUUAUUUGUAGAUGAGGUGGCAAAAUCAGUCGUCGCAAAUCAUUUUGAAAGACAAGGAAAAUCAUCUGAUAAUAUAUCGAAAGAUAUCUUUCGUAUUUUAAUGGCAUACAAGCACAUACAACCAAUAUUUCCUCAACUCGUUUCUUUGCAUAUCUUUCUAACUACAUCAGUCAAUGAAGAUACCAUAAACACACUGUUAUUGGCUAUAGCUAGUGGAUCAGCGAUGCGUACAUUUGCUUGCGAUUCUUAUGCCAGUCAAACUUACCAUUCAAAAGCUUUGCUCAAUUGGUUAUUUCGAUGUUCAAUCAAUCUCGUUCGAUGUAAACUGCAAUCUUUAGAAGCUGAAGAUGGUUUUGAAAUUAUGUACGAACAUACAAUUGUUAAUACUUAUAUUCCACAUCACUCUCUUGUCUAUCUCAAAAUCAAUAUUCUCAAUUUAAACACACUCUAUGUACUUCUUCAUUAUCUUCCUGAGCUUGAACAUUUAGAUGUAAAUAUCAGCGGUAUUAUUGAUCAAAUUAAUGCUAUUGAUCAAAAUCUAAUAACAAAAUUCAAUUAUCCAAAAAAAAUUCGUGUAUUUAUUUUAAGUACAAGUGAAUUGAAUUAUUGGAUUACUAAUGGUCAUGACAAUGAAUAUCUUGAUGCUUUUCUUCAACGUCUUGAUGAACUACAUAUAGAAUGUUCGUCUAUUAUAAAUAAACAUUUGAAUGAAGAAGUGAUGAUUCCACUUCUUUCUUUCAUUAUUAAUAAACGUCAUUUUCCUCGAUUAGAAUGCCUACGUUUCAUUCAGUGUAAACAUAUCUCAUCAGCAUGGUGUAACAUUGACAAAUGGAUUGAUUUCAUUUUCACUCACAUUAAUGAACAUCAACUCAAAUAUCUACGUUUUAGUUUUAUCGAAAAGGAACAAGCAGUGACUGAUAUGCAGACAGGUGAUGAAACAAUUACAAUGACUGACCCACCAUGCAUUGUUGAUAUUCAUCGACUUGUAUCAGAAAAUCGCAUCUCAUUUUGGAUCGAAAGAAAAUAUAAAUAA